CGCGAUCUCAGAUUCGCCUAAGUAGAGGCUCUCCACUGCCUCCACGCGUCAUUCGGUUGACCGAGUCCCGUCCUCCACCUCUGUCCGCUCAGCUGUCACCUGAUUGGUCGACAGCACCGGGAAGGAAAAGGUUCCUGCUUUGCUUCAUCGGUUUUAGAACCCACUUGUCAAAUUUCUUGUUUAUGUCUUUCCCUCUUGUUUUCUUCGCCUUUUCUUGAGAAUCUCUGCACGACAAAAUUUGUGCGCAGAUCCAAGUUCACGCACCUCUGCGCGCCUGCUGUCUUCUCUAUCUAUCUCUCUCUCUCUCUCUCUCUCUCCGCCACUGACGCCACUGUGGACUGUGGAGUAAGGGCAGCACCCGUUCGUCUUUGUCGUGUGAUGGAAUUAUUAAUGCCCUUUUGACAGUCCCAGUCGUUGCGCUGGUUCUUGACGAAACCCCCCGCGAAAACCCUCGACUCCGGUGUUGAAGAGUCGCAUCCCACAAUCUCCAGAGACUCUAAUCUCUUCGAGUGGCGAUUAAGCUGCAUGAUCGUUGUAUUGUUAGGAAUGGGGUGGGGCUGGUUCCAAUUGGUUUCGCAUUGUUCUGACUUUUUGGGUAUCAAAAAAAUGGGAAGCUUAUCUGAUCACCAAUCCGAUGGGGAUACAGACAUUAGUGAUUCCGACAUGGAUGAUUAUGAAGAUAAAUCAUAUGAAGAGCUGAAGAGUGGGAAUCACCAGGUCAAAGUUUCAGAUGAGGCAUUUGCAUGCCCCUACUGUCCCAAAAAGAGAAAGAGAGAUUACCAAUAUAAUGAACUGCUACAGCAUGCUUCCGGGGUGGGCAAGAGUUCCUCGGAAAAGAGAAGUACAAAAGAGAAGGCCAAUCACCUAGCUUUGGCAAAGUACCUGGAAAAAGAUCUAUCGGGCGUGGCCGGUCCUUCAAAACUUGUUGAUGAGGGUAAAGCUCCAAUUGGCUGUAGCCAUGACGAUAUGUUUGUCUGGCCAUGGAAAGGAGUAGUCAUGAACAUUCCUACUCGACGAGGGGAAGAUGGGCGUUACGUCGGCGAGAGUGGGUCCAAGUUGCGGGAUGAGCUGACGAGAAGAGGCUUCAAUCCUACGAGGGUUCACCCGCUUUGGAAUUACCGGGGUCACUCUGGAAGUGCAGUGGUGGAAUUCAACAAAGGUUGGCCAGGCUUGCACAAUGCCAUGUCAUUCGAGAAGGCUUAUGAAGCAGACCAUCAUGGCCGCAACGAUUGGUAUGCUGAGGGUACCCCACAAGUCGGGCUUUAUGCAUGGGUUGCCCGUGCCGACGACUAUAAUUCAAAUAGUAUUGUUGGGGAGCACUUACGCAAGAUUGGUGACCUGAAAACCAUUCCGGAGAUUAUGGAGGAAGAGGCUCGAAAGCAGGAUAUGCUUGUCUCUGAUUUGACAAACAUAAUAGAGGUGAAGAAUAAGUACAUGCAGGAGAUUGAAGAAAGGUGUAAUGAGACAUCAAAGUCUCUGAAUGUCAUAAUGACAGAGAAGGAUAAGCUUCAUCAAUCUUAUGAUGAAGAAUUGAGAAAAAUACAGACAAGUGCACACGAUCACUAUCGGAGAAUUUUUAGUGAUCAUGAGAAGCUUAAGUUCCAACUAGAAUCCCUCAAAAAGGACCUAGAAGUGCGUGGACAGGAGUUGGAGAAGCGUGAUGCACACAAUGAGAUUGAGAGAAAGAAGCUAUUGGAAGAGAUUGCAGAGAAUUCCCAGAAAAACAGUUCGCUUGAAUUGGCUGCUUUGGAGCAACAGAAAGUUGAUGAGAAAGUCAUGAAACUGAAUGAAGAUCAGAAGAGGCAAAAAGAGCAACUUCAUAAUCGAAUAAUUCAACUGCAAAAGCAGCUUGAUGCAAAACAAGCCUUGGAAUUGGAAAUUGAAACACUGAAAGGGUCAUUAAAAGUCAUGAAGCACAUGGAAGACGAGGAUGAUGCUGAAAUUUUGAAAAAAGUAGACGUUUUGCUGUCGGAUCUGAGGGAAAAGGAGGCGAAUCUUGAGGAUGUAGAAGCACUGAACCAAACUCUCAUAGUGAAGGAACGUAACAGCAAUGAUGAGCUUCAAGAGGCUCGCAAAGAAUUGAUCACUGUACUAAAAGACAUUGGUUCUAGCAAAGCACACAUUGGUGUGAAGAGAAUGGGAGAACUUGACAGUGAACCAUUCCUUGAAGCGAUGAAGUUGAUUUAUAAUGAAGAAGAAGCAGAGGAAAAAACGUUAGAGCUCUGCUGUCUGUGGGAGGAAUAUUUGAAAGAUCCAGACUGGCAUCCCUUCAGAGUUAUUGAGGUUGAGGGGAAGCAUCAGGAAAUAAUUGAUGAUCAAGAUGAGAAGUUGAAUACUCUGAAGAGAGAAAUGGGUGAUAAAGUGUACCGGGCAGUCACGGCAGCACUCAAGGAGGUAAAUGAGUACAAUCCAAGCGGAAGAUACAUAAUUUCGGAGCUAUGGAACUAUAAAGAGCGGAGAAAAGCUUCGCUCAGAGAAGGAAUUGAUUUCCUUCUGACGCAAUUGAACACACCUAAACCCAGGAGGGGAAUGUCUUGAAGCAGGACUGCAAAAUACGAGGGGGGCGGAACGCGGCAAUUCCUGUGAAGCUCUAGCAAUGUCUCGCCAGAAGAUUGAUAUUUCCAUAACUGGUGACCGGCAAUGCCCAUUCCGAAUAAAGCAAUUAUCUGUGAGUCAUGGCAUGGUUUAUAUUGUAGGUCAUUCUGUGCCCAAUAGCACAGAAACUUUCCGGUUUUCCAUGUAAUUAAUUUGUACGGGGAGGCUUAACUGACUGCGUACGAGGAUUGAAUCUUAAACUUAAAUUGUCUACUGA